AUAAGGACAAAGAUCACGUUCUCCACUUUAUCAAUGGUAUAAACGAAGCAAACAAGUUACAAACUAUAUGCAAAGAGAGAGAGAAGCAGCCUGAAAACAAUAUUCUAGGAUUGGAUACUACAGUCCAGAAGCUCUUUGCAUGGUUACUAGAGUGAAGCUAGCCAGAUGGGAAGUAAAGAAAUAGUAGUGCUUUUCAUAUUACUCUCCUACCUUUAUAUUUUUGCAACUUCUAGUCCUCUUCAGAAGGCCUUGGCUUCUUCAGAUUCUUUGCAGGAAACUCACUUGGGAGCAAAAGUUGCACAUAGUCAUGACAGCAGUUACAUUGGUAAUAGUGGAAGGAGUGCUAUAAAACAUAGCAGCAAGUUUGAACAUGCCACCGGUGGUGGAUCCGCUGGUGCUGGUGAGAGUGGACAUAAUGGUGGGUCAAGCUCACCUGCACAAGGAGGUAGAAAUUUCAUCCCAGUAUAUGUAGCAGGUGCUGCAAAUAAUCGUCAGAACCAUCACCGUGGAUAUGGCAACUGCAACCAAAACUCCAUAGGAAUUUCAACCUUGGUUGCAGUGACCGUGGGGUCUCUCAUUACACAUUUUUAUUUGCUAAAAUGAAGAAGAUAUAUACGUUGCUUCUACUUUGUAUGGGUUGUUUGUUGUAAGCUUUUUAGAUUAAUGUUUUGCUGUAAAUAACAACCCUGUAUUGUGUUGACUUUGGUAAAUGUUUUUCGUUUGAUAUCUUAAAAUUAUGCAGAUAUAAGCUCGUUUGCAUGUAUUAA